AUGAAGGAUACACCCACCCUGCUCAAUCUGCUUCUGCUGCUCGUGUACCUAGCAGGUAAUAUGAUAUGGAAAAAACAACAAAUAUUUUGUCAAAAUGUAUUUUUGAGGAAUGCCGAACUCGGUUUGACAUCAGUCAAUAGGUGUAUAUGUUCUGGACACCUGUUAAGCUCUAUAACCAUGUAUAUGUUCAGUGUCUGCUGAGGUUAAACUUUUGUUCGGACAAUAGGCUAAAUAUGUGUCUAAGCAUAAUGAUAGUUUUAGUGUUACAUAUACAUUAUAAUGUGUUGAUGAUAGACUGUGAGGCUGUUUUUAUGAACUUCCAGGAUCAGCUGUGACCAGCGAUGGGGGGAAGGGCAGUACCAGUAAGUAAACCACAGACACAUACUACUCAACGUAUUACAGUAUGGUAACAUCAUUAUUCGGACUCUGGGUCCUCUGGAUUGUACCUGUGGUAGGACGGUAGUGCUAACAGCUAGCAGCUAACUACUGUACAAAAGAGAGGGGUUUAUUUAAAAUGACUUUUAGUAGUAAUUUAUCACUGUUACAAGUUAAUUUACACACUGUGUGCAGAAAAUCCAGUAGGCCUACAUUGCCUGAUUGUGUACUGUAAUUUUCAGAUGGUCCCUUGGAACUAAACAUUGUGGGACCUGACUUUGUGACUGUCGGCGUGCCAUGCAGUUUUGACUGUGCUGCCCAGUGCUCUCCCUCCUGUAGCUACAACAUGAGUAUCGACGGGCAGAUUGAGCAAGGCAACGAGCUGUUCUUCACAGCUCGCCAAUGGGAGGAGUCCCUAAACCUCACAUGCACUGCAAGGAAUAAUGACUCUGGGAGGUCCUCUACAGUAACAAAGAUACUGCAGGUUUUAGGUGUGUGGGUGUUUAAAAAUUAUAAUAAUAUGACACUUCACCUGAAAUUAGAGGUGCAUGGUCUUUAUGAUAUUAGGAAUGGAGUGAUAAUUCAAUGCCUUGUAAUUUACGGACAAGAUGUCUGGAUUACUGGAUUAGUGUUAGAUUAAAUUAUUUUGCUCAUGUUUUUCACAUUGGUUGUAGGAUCUAGACUAUUGUCUAAAUGUGUAUGUGUUCCUCCUUUUAGCUGGACCAACCAACGUAUCGAUCACAGGCCCUGCCCUGAUGAUCCCAGGGGCCCCACAAAGCUUCAAGUGUUACGCCGACUGCCGUCCCUCCUGUAACUACACCUGGGGGAUAAAGGGCCGAUGGCUCGGAGGACAGGGGAACGAGAUUACCGUAACUCCCGAAGAGUUGGCCACCUCUGUUACCCUGAACUGCAAGGCCAUCAACAGUGUGUCUGGGCUCUAUGACAUGGCAACAAGGACAAUACCUGUGAUAUGUAGGUUAUUGGGAGAUUUAGAGCCAGAUUGUUCUUCAAGAUACCAGUAUGAAAAUGUAUGCACUCACUUAACUGUAAGUCGCUCUGGAUAAGAGCGUCUGCUAAAUGACUAAAAUGUAAAUGUAAAUGUAAGAUGUUCAAACAUUCAUAGAUCACCAGCAGGGUCAAAUAAUAAUCACAGUGGUUGUAGAGGGUGCAGCAGCUCAGCACCUCAGGAGUAAAUGUCAGUUGGCUUUUUGGUGUUCCUUUUGUAAUCAGGCCUACAUUGCCUGAUUGUGUACUGUAUUUUUCAGAUGGUCCCUUGGAACUAAACAUUGUGGGAGCUGACUUUGUGACUGUCGGCGUGCUAUACGGUUUUGAAUGUGCUGCCCAGUGCUCUCCCUCCUGUAGCUACAACAUGAGUAUCAACGGGCAGAUUGAGCAAGGCAACGAGCUGUUCUUCACAGCUCGCCAAUGGGAGGAGUCCCUAAACCUCACAUGCACUGCAAGGAAUGAUGACUCUGGGAGGUCCUCUACAGUAACAAAGAUACUGCAGGUUUUAGGUGCGUGGGUGUUUAAAAAUUAUAAUAAUAUGACACUUCACCUGAAAUUAGAGGUGCAUGGUCUUUAUGAUAUUAGGAAUGGAGUGAUAAUUCAAUGCCUUGUAAUUUACGGACAAGAUGUCUGGAUUAGUGUUAGAUUAAAUUAUGUUGCUCAUGUUUUUCACAUUGGUUGUAGGAUCUAGACUAUUAUCUAAAUGUGUAUGUGUUCCUCCUUUUAGCUGGACCAACCAACGUAUCGAUCACAGGCCCUGCCCUGAUGACCCCAGGGGCCCCGCACAAAGCUUCAAGUGGCUUUUUGGUGUUCCUUUUGUAAUGUUUUUUUUUGUGUGUUACAGAUGAUGGCAAAUCCAUGGCCACACAGGCUGAACAGACUUUAGACCUGCUUCUGUUUGCCUUCACACUCUCACUCUACACCAUCAUAUCACCAUAAUCCAGGAGAGGGCAGUUUGGUACAAGGAAGUGAGCGGUUUUCCACACACACAUCUGAAUAAUUUGAAAACAUCCAUCAUUAUUACAGUGAUGGAACAUGUGGUUUAUUGGUAAAGAACAAACAGUACCUCCCAUAUCAGGACGUUAACCAUAUUUGCUGAUGAUAAAUUAAGUGGAAAGGCUUGGCUGAAUCUUUCAAUAUCAAAGCACUACGUGAGUGUGCAAGCAUCAUCACGUGUAUAGCCUAUUUGGAUUAAAUAUUUAAUAAAGAUACAUUUACAUUAAUUUAGUAACAUGUCUUUUUUGCAAUGUGUAACUUUUUUCCAGACUUGAGAUGGAAUUGAAACCUGCAAGCAUGCCAUCUUCAUGGAAGGCACAGACUUUGAAGUAAUGUAUUUUAAAUGGCGUGUUGAGGUGGACAGGCUCAAGGCAGGGCAGGUCCAGCUCAACACGCCAUUUAAAAUACAUUACUUCAGUCUGUGCCUUUGGAUUAAAUCAGUGUAAUAUAGAUCUUGUUUGCGCAAGUAAUUUACAGUCCCAACAUUUGUCUACAAAUCGCAUAACUGCAAUAAAAUACAUGAUAUUCUUAGUGUUUUCUCUCCAAUAAAUUCUGAAACAAUUAUCUAAAUUCAUUACCAUCAUAGUAAAUUAAAUAUGUGAAAUAGUUCCCUAUUGGUGGUUGAAGUGCUAUGUUCACAUACAGUGGGGAAAAAAAGUAUUUAGUCAGCCACCAAUUGUGCAAGUUCUCCCACUUAAAAAGAUGAGAGAGGCCUGUAAUUUUCAUCAUAGGUACACGUCAACUAUGACAGACAAAUUGAGAAAAAAAAUCCGGGGGGACCUAGUGAAUGACCUGCAGAGAGCUGGGACCAAAGUAACAAAGCCUACCAUCAGUAACAGACUACGCCGCCAGGCACUCAAAUCCUGCAGUGCCAGACGUGUCCCCCUGCUUAAUACUUUUUUUCCCCACUGUAUUGUCUGUCUGACGUGUAGCAUUAACUUCACAACAGAUGAGGGGCAUCUACAGUGGGGGAAAAAAGUAUUUAGUCAGCCACCAAUUGUGCAAAUUCUCCCACUUAAAAAGAUGAGAGAGGCCUGUAAUUUUCAUCAUAGGUACACGUCAACUAUGACAGACAAAUUGAGAAAAAAAAUCCAGAAAAUCACAUUGUAGGAUUUUUUAUGAAUUUGAUUUGCAAAUUAUGGUGGAAAAUAAGUAUUUGGUCACCUACAAACAAGCAAGAUUUCUGGCUCUCACAGACCUGUAACAACUUCUUUAAGAGGCUCCUCUGUCCUCCACUCGUUACCUGUAUUAAUGGCACCUGCUUGAACUUGUUAUCAGUAUAAAAGACACCUGUCCACAACCUCAAACAGUCACACUCCAAACUCCACUAUGGCCAAGACCAAAGAGCUGUCAAAGGACACCAGAAACAAAAUUGUAGACCUGCACCAGGGCGGGAAGACUGAAUCUGCAAUAGGUAAGCAGCUUGGUUUGAAGAAAUCAACUGUGGGAGCAAUUAUUAGGAAAUGGAAGACAUACAAGACCACUGAUAAUCUCCCUCGAUCUGGGGCUCCAUGCAAGAUCUCACCCAGUGGGGUCAAAAUGAUCACAAGAACGGUGAGCAAAAAUCCCAGAACCACACGGGGGGACCUAGUGAAUGACCUGCAGAGAGAUGGGACCAAAGUAACAAAGCCUACCAUCAGUAACACACUACGCCGCCAGGGACUCAAAUCCUGCAGUGCCAGACGUGUCCCCCUGCUUAAGCCAGUACAUGUCCAGGCCCGUCUGAAGUUUGCUAGAGUGCAUUUGGAUGAUCCAGAAGAGGAUUGGGAGAAUGUCAUAUGGUCAGAUGAAACCAAAAUAUAACUUUUUGGUAAAAACUCAACUCGUCGUGUUUGGAGGACAAAGAAUGCUGAGUUGCAUCCAAAGAACACCAUACCUUCUGUGAAGCAUGGGGGUGGAAACAUCAUGCUUUGGGGCUGUUUUUCUGCAAAGGGACCAGGACGACUGAUCCGUGUAAAGGAAAGAAUGAAUGGGACCAUGUAUCGUGAGAUUUUGAGUGAAAACCUCCUUCCAUCAGCAAGGGCAUUGAAGAUGAAACGUGGCUGGGUCUUUCAGCAUGACAAUGAUCCCAAACACACCGCCCGGGCAACGAAGGAGUGGCUUCGUAAGAAGCAUUUCAAGGUCCUGGAGUGGCCUAGCCAGUCUCCAGAUCUCAACCCCAUAGAAAAUCUUUGGAGGGAGUUGAAAGUCUGUGUUGCCCAGCGACAGCCCCAAAACAUCACUGCUCUAGAGGAGAUCUGCAUGGAGGAAUGGGCCAAAAUACCAGCAACAGUGUGUGAAAACCUUGUGAAGACUUACAGAAAACGUUUGACCUGUGUCAUUGCCAACAAAGGGUAUAUAACAAAGUAUUGAGAAACUUUUGUAAUUGACCAAAUACUUAUUUUCCACCAUAAUUUGCAAAUAAAUUCAUUAAAAAUCCUACAAUGUGAUUCUCAUUUUGUCGGUCAUAGUUGACGUGUACCUAUGAUGAAAAUUACAGGCCUCUCUCAUCUUUUUAAGUGGGAGAACUUGCACAAUUGGUGGCUGACUAAAUACUUUUUUCCCCCACUGUACAUCUACUCUGCAUCUACAUUUUGAUCUUGAAUGUAAUCAACAUGAGUAAAUAUUAAAACACACUUGAUCAUGGAGUGCGAUUAGUCCGUUUUUGAUUAUCACUGAUUAUAAAUCAGGAGUUUCUUUUAUGGUACAUAAGAACAAUCAAUGUUCCAGAGAGGCAAUGGUAUCACCUACACACACCCUUUCUAUCUUUUCAAGUUUUUUCAUGUAAUUUAUAACCCUCUUAUCAUCUUGAAUUAUACUUACAUUGGUGAUGAUCUAGGUCAAAGUGAAUCAAUGCAUUUUAAAUGGAAAAAUAAUAAGUAUCCUUUAAUAUUAUUAUUAUACCAACAACCUCUAUCUAAAUAAGAGCUAUUCUACAUAAUAGGAUAAACAGAUUAAAACAUGUCUGUAACCUUCACCCGUCUGAAUGGACAAGAAGCAAACCAUGUGAAUGCUCCCUAGCUCAGAGACAUGUCACUUGGCAGUAUCAAAAGGCUCAGCCGCAGUAAACGCCUGCGAACACAAGAAACUAGCACACACACCCUAACCAGAACACAAUGACGUGAAGCUGAUAACCCACAUAAAGGUCCAAACACUAGUAACAUAAUCAUUUUGUUUUUGAAUUGGUUCCUGAUAAGAUUGUCAGCCACUUUUCUGAGGUAUAAAUGUAUGCCAAAUAACGAAAUGCAUUAAUCACCCAUUGUUUAUCCUUAUGCUAACAUUAUAGUGAACAAGAAAAAAUAUUUAAAAAAUCCACUUCAUCCUCAUUUUUUCACAUUAUGUGUAUGACUCAGUGGCUUGUUUUCCAUUCUGUCAGAUGGGCCGUCCUCUGUGGAGAUCAGUGGGGUGAACACAGUGACGGUGGAGGUUCCCUAUGGCUUCCAGUGCUCAGCCAAUUGCUUCCAAGCCUGCACCUUCACCUGGACCAGAGGAGGGCUCACCACCCAGGGCCCAGAGCUCAACCUCCAGCUGAAGGAGCAGGUUCCUCCACAGGUCCUGAUCUGUUUGGCGAUAAACCCCACCACCGGGAAGUCAGUGACAGUCAGCAAAACAGACAACGUGACAUUUAGGCUACUUAUAAUCAGUUUAAAUAAAUUUUUAUCAAUCUAAAUUAAUAUUUAGAAAUCAUACUAUGCCAAAAGAUGUAAUGCUUUUGUGCCUCUGUACUGCACAUUUAUGGAGCUCUGUUCCCAACCUAAUUCAACCCAUGACAAUUAUAUUUUCUAGCUGGACCGUCCAAUAUAAAAAUCACAGGUCCUGAUGCACUGUCCAGUGGAGUGACGUCCAACUUUUCCUGUUCUGCUGAUUGCUACCCGUCCUGCUCUUACACCUGGACGAUUAGUUCUGAAGGACAAAGCACAGUGACCACCAAAUACGGCCAAACCAUCUAAGUCACACCUGCCUCCUGGGAGUUUGCAGAGGAACUGAUCUGCGAGGCUCAGGACACCGUCUCACUCCUCUACAUCUCAACCUUGUUACACCUUAUGUGGCCCGUGAGUGGAAUUUGUAAUUUUUUAAAACUUGAGUGGUCCAUUGAAGUCGCUUUGGAUAAAAGCAUCUGCUAAGUGGCAUAUAGUAUUAUUUUACUAUAUUAUGUUAGUCAUAUAUUCUAGAAGGUUCUAAGAGUUUACAAUCAAUUAAACAUAGUCAUGUGUUUACUUCCACCUCAUCCCAGGCGGACCGGGGGCCAUUUUGAUCAUGGGUGACAGCUCAGUGAGAGUAGGAGACACUUACAACUUUGUGUGCUUUGUUGACUGCACCCCCUCCUGUAACUUUAUCUGGACAUUCAAUGGAAAGAUCUUCAAUGGCGACAAUAUCCAGUUGCCCGUCUUCCAUAAGGGCGAUAAGCCCAUGGUUGCCAGUAAACUGGUAGUUACUGUUGAUGAGUACAGGCACAAUGAGGCACUGACGUGUGAGGCCAAGAAUGUUGCCUCAGGGGUCACUGCUGUUAGCACCAAGAUCCUGACCGUCAUUGGUAAGUCAGAGUUUGUGACAAAUAAUUUCACACAAGUAAAUAUUUAGAAUCAGAUGUUUGAAGGUGAAAGCCCACCAUUUUGUAAAAGUCAACUCAAAGUAUUUAACUUUGUAUCUCUCUGAAAAUAAAAUGUUGCUUGUUCUUUCUGUCCUCUUCACCUCUUUUCCACUCCCCUGUCUUCCAGAACCUAUCUCUGUACAGCCGGUGUCCCAGGACAAGCCCUUGGCACACCAGCCCUUCUCACUGCAGUGUGUGGGCUCUCAGAAUCCAGCCUCCAUUUUGUGGUUAAAAAAUGGCCUCCCUGUAGCUGUGUCCGGCAGGGUCAGUCUCUCUCCCAACAACAUCACUCUGUCUUUCAGUCCUCUGCUCCAGUCUGAUGAUGGGCUGUACCAAUGCAUAG